GCUUUUCCUCCCAAAAACGUUCCGGUUUCUUUCACGCUCUUACAAGCAGGGAAAAAAAAAGAGAGAGAGAGCAUAUUUUACCCAUUUUGCAAAAAAGUUCUUCAUCUUUCAAUCAACCCCUUUCGACGUCGUCGUUUUACCUGCCUCAGAAACCUGGCUUGUUCGGCUCCUUCAUUUUCUCCUCAUAAAAUAAAACAGAAAUAAAAAGAAUGAGUUCUCCAGACUCGAAGUCGGUGUUUCCUGAAAUCUCCGAGGAGUCAUCAGUGCCUGAGCUGAUGGCGUUUGUGCGGUCGUCUUUUCGCCAAGAGGAUUUUCAUGAGGUGGAGAGGUUGCUGGUAGGUCGAGAGGAGAAGAUGGAGAUGGAGUUGAGAAAUCUGAAGAGGGACUAUGAGGAGAUGAAGAAAAAGUGUCAAUCGCUGGAGGCUCAGAAUUUGGAGCUUGAGGAGAAACUGAAGAAACGCAGGAUUGAAUGUCAGGAGUUGAGACAGCAGCUGGUUAGCCUAGAAAUUGAGAAAAGCGUAGCUGAGGACAUGGUUACGCUGCGUGAUGCUCAGCUGAUGGGCUUGACUAGUAGAGUAUCCAACUUGGAGGAGGCUGUUGCUCGGUUAUUGAGAGUUCCUGUCGCGAUCAUAAGGAGCGGUGCUCUUCUUGCUCAAGAAAGGACGCAAGUCCAGGUUUCAGCAAAUGGGGUGGGCCUUCUUGUUUAUGACGGUCAUAACAGGGGCAUGAAUAUAGAGAAUUUGCGGAACGGAAAUUUGAAGAACGGAGAUUUGCAGAACAGAAAUUUGCAGAACGGAAAUUUUCAGAAUGGAGCUGUCAAUCACGUGGGCAGUGAAAAUGGAGAAUUUCAUCUCGAGAAUUUGCACAAGGAAUUAGGCGUUAAUUUUGAGAAUCGCCAGACCAUGGACUCUUUUCUGAAUAGUCAGCUACAGUUUGCUCGCAUCAUAAGUGGUACUCAAUUCCCUGACUUGCCGAAGGAAGAGACUGCAGCAAGUGACCAUGACAAUGCUGAGGCUUCUUCUGGUGCACAAUUAACUUUUGAUUGUGCUGAAGUUGAAAAUGUUGCUUCUGACAAAAAGGAGGAGAGUAAUGGAUCUCCAGACACAGAUCUCAAUGGCAAGGAGUUGUUGCAAAGUAAUGCGAGGACAAUGAAUGGACAUGAUGUGGUUCUCUGUUCUACUGAUGUACAAACUGCUUGUGAUGCUCCUGAAGUUGGAACAGAUGGUAUUCACCCAGAAAAAGAAAAUAAAACUUUGUUGGCAGCAGCUUUAACCAAUACAGAUAAUGGUUGUGAUAAUCAAAUGGGUGGUCCAAAACAAUUGGUGAUUGAAACUGAUAGCUCCAAUCAGGCAGCUGCUUCAUGCAUUCCAGUUAGUGAGGCACCUGGAUCUCCCAUUGUUAUUGAAAUUAGUGAUAGUGAUGAAGAAAAUCUUCCUGCUGGGUCUACACAUUUCUUUACUACUUGUGCUUCAGACAUCAACUCAACUGGAAAGAAGGUGCCUUUCAUUAAUAUUGGGAAAGGCGCAUGCUUUAUGAAAACAGAGGAAGAGGAUGGAACUGAUUCCAUGGAAGAUUGUGAUAUUUAUCAGAUGCCAAAAAGAAAAAGAAGCAUGAUUGAGACUAGUGACACUAACUUUAUGGUGGCUAAGAGGAAGAAAGAAGAAAAUGGGCAGUUGCUUCGUGAUGAAAAUGGUUCCCUUGGUAGUGACAGCUCAGUGAAGCUUGACUGCAAAUCCGCUGGUCUUGAACCUCUUUUGCCUUCUGUUCAAAAUCGCUUAGGAGAAGUAAGGAGAGGUGGCAGUGUCCAAAUUGGUCUGAAAAAAUCACUCUUUGAUGAUAAUGAUUACUCGAGUGAUUGUACUUCUAGUGAUUCAGAGAGCGAAUCUUGUCUGGAAGCUUAUGUGGAUAAAAUGGUUGCAAUUGCUAAAGGAUACAGGCUGAAGACAUGGAAUUUUGCAGCAGACAUGCUUUCAGAUCUUGAGAAGGAUGAUGAACUCUGCAUGAAUGCAGUUUGUGCUCUCUAUCGGAAGAAAAAUUCUGCAGAGAAAUCCCCCAUGAAAUCAUCAGUUCUUGCAGAUCCAGGUUUUUCCUAUUGUGAUGCAAUGAGUGUAACUCAAUUAGCUGAGUUUUUAAUUGAUGGGGAUCCAGAGUUCAAGUUAAAGAGAACUGUCUCAGACGCUCAGCAAAAAGAUCCAAAAGUGCUUUCAAAGUGUAAAGAUCUUGCGAUUCAGUACUAUGAGAAGCUGUUUGAGUUAUAUCAAAAUGGGCAGGAUCCUUUCUUCCAUCCGAAGUUCUAAGCUCAUUUUUAAGAAGAUACUGAGAUAGAUGAUGCAUACAGGCUAAGUUAUAUACAUGACAGGCAGGGGUGCCUCAGCAUUGAUAGUCUUUUUUUUCUUACAGCCUAAUACGAUGGACCUGGUGAAGUUCUUUGUCAUACAAACUUGCAUGGAUUGGAGGCUUUGCAUUCUUCAAUUUGUAUAGUGCGACUCCCUGAAUGCAGACAGCCUUCUGAAUAGUUUUGCUUGGUUUGGUCAUAGAAAUAGCCUAUAAUAGGUAAUAGUUUUUAGAAUAUUUCCCUUAAAAAACAGUAGUAUGUGUAUUCUAUUCUCUGGAAUACAACAUUUAGUCAAGUGGUAUUUAUAGUUGCACACGAUCAAACUGCAGCUAGAAAUUGUUGAGUUAUUUAGGCCAUGCAAUGCAGCAUCAA